AUGGGAAGAGCGGAAGAGAGGUCGAUGCCGCAGAGAGCAGCAGCGAUCCUUGUGCUAGCGCUGCUAGCAGGAUCAUGCAGAUGCUCUCUUGCGCAGCCAGACCUGUGUCCCAUCGGCACGUACAGCACAACAGGAUCUGCUGUAGCUGGACUGGAGUACUGCGGCUCGACGCCCGGCGAGGGGGCGUGUGCAUGUAAUCAAUCGAGCUACCAAGAUAGUUCGAACUUCCCAUGCACAGCAGGAGUGGACAACAACAUCACUGACCACAUCCUGACUGCUGUUGAAUCCGAGCGAUGGUGGAGGAUCGACCUCGGAGGAUCCAAGUAUGUCUACAACGUGACUCUCUGGCCCAGGUUGGAUGAGUUUUACCUGGAGGACUCAAACACAUCCAUCUACAUCGGGUCAGUCUCGUCCGACCCUUUCAGCAAUGCUCUCUGUUGGAACUUGGGAGAGUUCAAGAGCGACACGGCAUCGCUCAGCAUCACUUGCUACUUGCAGGGUCAGUACCUCUUUGCUUACAAGGCUAGCGCCAACGGAACGAUGAACUGGGCCGAGAUCGCCAUCGCUGGCUGCGACGUUUGUCCUGCGGAUAAGAACCGAACAGCCUCUGCAGGAUCGACGUCGGUCAACGACUGCGGGAAGUUCUUGAGCUGUCCUGCCGGGUACUUCAGCCUGUUCGCUGGUUGCCAAGCUUGCAGUGAGGGCAAGUACAAAGGAGAAGGAUAUGGAGGGUGCUACAACUGCUCAGAGGCCAUCGCCUGCUCCGCCGGGGAGUACUUCUCUCCUUGCGAUGGCACGCGCGAUGGCGGCUGCAUCCAUUGCAGCAACCUCACCUUGUCUGACUGCGCUCCUGGCAACUACUUGUCGCCAUGUGGAGGAACACAAGACGCGGCUUGCCUGGCAUGUAGCAACGAGACCCUACAGUGCCCUGCAGGAGAGUACUUCUCAGCUUGCAACGGGGAGCGGGACAGCGGUUGUAUCGCAUGCAGCAACGUGACCUUGGAGUGUCCUGCGGGAGAGUACUUCUCAGCAUGCAACGCCGUGCGAGACGGGACAUGCUUGCCGUGCAACAUCACUGUGCUAGACUGCAGCAUAGGAGAGUACUUCUCUGCUUGCGACGGCACCCGCGAUGGGGCUUGUAUCCCUUGCAGCAACAAGUUGGAAGGGGAGAACACCAAGUACACAAGCCCUGGCAUCCCUUUUGAUGAAAACAACUGUGCUUGGGACUGCGUCAGCGGUUACUUGCUUCGUAUGGACGACACAUGUCAACCAUAUUGUGAUUUGCACCCUUGA